AUGACAACUUUGCUCUCCUCCACAGCACUUCCUCGUUGCGUGUAUGUUGUCAUUCAGCCGAAGGAAGCGGCCACCCAUAGACUAGUUCAGAGGCUGCUCAUAAGCACUCAAAGGGUCCAACCGUUCCAACCUUCAUGUUUCUUCCUCUCCCAGGCGCCAGCCUCAGCGAAAGUAGCGUCAGCACCUACAGGGCACCCAGGAUGGAGGGUCGUUGGUUUGCGGCCGAUGUCCGGAGUCAUGGUGCUGCCAUACCGAUCGUGGCACACAUCAGGGUGGCGUCGUCAGCUGCCCGAGGACCGAAUCGCCCCAGUGGACACCACCAACAAGAGGACCCAGGCUCCCUUCUUGAGAAAAAACGCCGAGUCAAACCCUUGGAAAAUCCGAAAAUCAAACGCUACUUCACCGCUGUUGUACUGCCUGGCCGCCGCUUUCCAGGCCUGUUUGCCUGUCGCACUGGUGUUGAUGUUCGCCGUGUGUACCUGGAGGUGGUACAAGGGCAAGCUACCGGCAAGGCAGACACGAGCCGCCGACGAAACAGCCAUAGCGGCUAACCUCAGAGAUGAGGAGGAAGGGGCACGCGACCUGCCGUCACCGGUUCCCAUCAGAGGUCACGAAGGAGGGGCUAUGGCAGGAGCGGCAGGAGCGGUGGUAUCACGUCUCGCUGUCCUGAACCAAGCCCUUGAAGAGAUCGAGGAGGGAUCGGCCGCGGAGGCUCCAGCAAUCUUUGUCAACACCAACGGUGAUGGCCGGCGAGGUAGGCGGGUGCCCUCUCCCGCCGUCGGUCGUGGGGGCCUCCAGGGCGAGGCGCGAGUACGGUCACCCCCUGCUCGUGUUGGAAUUCCGGUUGGGGCAGCGGCGAUCAUUGCGGCGACACCACGUCACGCUGGCCUCAACCGUGUCUUGGAGGAUUGCGUACAAGAGGUGAAGAGGGUGGCGGUUGUCCGGAUGCCCAACAUCGCGGCCAUCGAUGUGGUACCGCAUCCUGCGGUACCCCUUGGAGGUGUCCAUCAGGGGGGAGAGGCGUUUCUACCUGCCGGCCUAAUGGGAGACAGCCGCGGAGGAGAAGAAGGGGCGCGUCAAGCCGCGGUGGGCUUGGUGCCGAUACUCCACCGUGGUGAGGAUUUCGACCUAUCACAUCUCCCGGCAGGCCUUGGGGAUUUCGAGCAGGAGGGCGGGGCAGUGUUGCCGCCGGGUCUCUUCGGGUAUUUGGUUGACGAGGAGGAAAAGGUGGAGGAAGGUAGGGUGUCGGAGGUCCGAAUGCCCACCAUCGCCGCCAUCGAUGUCGUACCGCAUCCCGCGGUACCCUCUGGACGUGUCAAUCAGGGGGGGGGGGCGUGUGUACCUGCUGACGUCGUCGGAGACAAUCGCGGAGCAGGACAACGGGGGCGGCAAGCCGCGGUGAGCUUGAUGCCGACACUUCACCAUGGUGAGGACUUCGACCUAUUACAUCCCCCGGCAGGCCUUGGGGAUGUUGAGCAGGAUGGAGGUGCACUGUUGCCGACGGGUCUCUUCGGAUAUCUCGGUGAAGACGAGGAGAAGGUGGAGGAGGAAGAGAGGGUGAUGUUUAUUCGGAUGCCCACCAUCGCCGCCACGGAUGUGGUACCGCAUCCGGCGGUACCCUUUGGAGGUGUCCAUCAGGGGGGGGAGGCGUGCCUACCUGCCGAAGCCAUCGGAGACAACUGCGGAGGAGAAGAAGAGGGGUGGCAGCCGGCGGUGGGCUUGGUGCCGAUGCUUACUGCCGACACCACCGAAGUCCGCCAUGAUGAGCAGGCAACAUCAUCACAUCGACGCUUUGGAGAUUUUAAGCAGCGUUGUGGUGGGGCAGUGUUGCCAAUGGGCCUCUUCGGGUGUCUUGGUGAAGAGGAGGAGCAGAGAGAGGUAGUGGAGUCGGCACACACAUCCAACCGCACAACCGGACACGCGGGGCAAGAGCAGGGGACUCUGCUACCAGCCGGCCUUCUCGGCUUUCUGGGGGGCGUGGAGGAGGGAGAGGCGGCGCCUCGAGUUGGCCAAUCAUGCGAGACGAGCCGCCAGCACCUGGAAGGGCGGCAGCAUGCACCAAUCAUGCUGCGAGAGAGGCUGCAGGCCGGUAACGAUCGGGUGAGGCACCGCGAGAGUGGAGCCGGGUCGUGGAUGGCCGAAGGGAACGGUUCGUACGUGGCCGCCGCUGGCUUGAGUCGGAUCGAGAGCAAGGCACGGGACGAACGCUUCUUCAGCGAAGUCUGUUCCAGAAGGACGACCGGUGCUACCGCAGACCACGGCAUGCGGGCGGAGGCGACGGACUUGGAGGGCGGCGCUAUGCGGGCUGAGGGGCGUGUCGAUAUGUUCGAUCACCGUGUUGAGCUGAAGGGGGAAAGGGUUGGCGUUGGGGAGCACCUCUGGACGAAGGAGGACAAGACAUGUGAACACGUGGCCGUCGGCAUGCGGCAGGAGCAGCUUGUGUUGCAGAACAUGGACGGCAUGGCAUCGCAUACUCUAGAGGCCAAGGCUGAAGGCAAGGUUCAGCCGUUGCCAUCACCGAUGAAGCGGGUCCAGACGCUCAAGUCCAUCCUAGAUGACUCGCCAUCGGGGACCGCCGCAGGCAAGGAACCGUCAGCAGCGAGGGAUCGGGACGGCAGCAUUGCAUCGAUGGCGUUAGAGGCCAAGACGGAGAGGAAGGAAACGGAGUUGGAGACUGUUCAGGGUCUUCAGGCCUUCCCGCGAGGCGUUGCGGCGAAGGGUCAAGCUCGUCCGUGUAUUCCGGAGGGUCGAUCCGCGACCGGCGCGGCGGGAGGGCUACCGUCGACGGCCGGGCCGGGAGACGGGCCUUUGAUCCGCGCGCCGUCCGUGGGACAGACUGACCCACCUGACGAGCAGACUCGUCAGGCGGCUUUGACGAGUCUGUCGAGGCAAGUCGGGCAGGGAUGGCGACAAAGGGGUAGCAUCAGGCGCCUAUUCCUGGCCAACCUCGCCGAAGUGUAUGCCUCCGAUCAGGUGCAGAGCUUCGCCAUCAACGCUCUGAAGACAGCGCACAUGCCUAUGGUGCUCGCGCAACCGCUUGGGUACGGGUCGUUCGGACGAGUGGACGACGUCUCGUACGCCAGCCUCCCCGGCCAGUCGUUCGCCAUGAAGACCGUGACACAGGCCGCCAGUUUGUCGGCGAGGUUCUGUGCGUUGGUGGAGAUGACGGUGUUCGCACGGUUGGCGCGAACCCCUCACCACAAUGUGCUCGGUGCGCUGUCAAUGGACGACGACAGCGACCUGAUGCCGAUACUUUUACCCAAAGCUCGGUGCGACUUGGGGUCGUACAUAAACUCCGAUACCCAUGGCCUUGGGGAAAAACUAAGGCUAGUGGUUGACCUUGCGAGAGGGAUUCAACACCUGCACUCCAUGGGAUUGGUGCACCGGGAUAUCAAGCCAGGGAACGUCUUGGUAUUUGAGUCGGAGGAGCACGGGCUGCAUGCCAAGCUGGCGGACUUCGGGUUCACCGCAGAAAUCGGGGAGAUGUGUCCGGGGGGAAUGGGCACGUCGGGGGCGAUGGCCUUCGAGACCAUGUCGGCGGAUCCAGUGUUGGGUGCACCGGCGCAAGACGUGGUUUCGGUGGCUGUCGUGCUCCUGAUGGUUUGCUUGAAGAGGGAGCGGAGGUGCUCAAACCUCUUCACGCAGCCGGUAGGAGCAGUGCAGAUAGAGAACAUCGACGUGAAUUCGCCACGCACCGUACCGCAGGAGCUCAGAACGGCUGACGAGACGGCUAGGCUGGAGGUCUUGCUGGAGCGGGCUAGACUCGGUCAGGAUAUUUCGCACGAGACCAAACUCUUGGAUUUCGAGAUGUCCCGGAGGACGAUGGCAGACGGGUCUUUCAUGGCGUGGCUUUCACCGGACAAGCUUGACCUGACGCUCGAAUCGUCCGAGAAGCUGGUCGGGAUAUUCCCGUCCCUCCUGGCGGUCGACCCUGAGAACAGGGAAGACAUGGACUUUCUCGUCCAGUUUACCUCCCACCUCGCGGAAGUGAACAAGAGUCAAGAACGGCCCGUAGAGGAGCCUGGGCGUGGUGGAUAGAGGACAAGUCCUCAAGUGUUGUCUUGACUGUUGUGUUCUUAGCGGUACAGUAGCUCGACGUUUACCAGGAAGUUCAUUUUUUGUCUGGUGUCUAUCGAUUGUGCUUGAUCCAUUCCAAACGCUGAAGGGUUCAUCCUCAUGUUUGUCGUUGUGUUGGAGAGGAAAACACGCGAUUGGAUGGUUUUGGGUCUGGGUCGUAGGUUCGAACAUCUCGACCAGCACCCCAGCUAUUGGGUCCAAUGAAAAUCAAAUGACAGGCCGUGUUUGCCAUUGCAGUGGCGUACUUUCUUAGGACACCCGACACACCCAUCUCAAUAUACACUUUAUC